ACAAAAAGAGAAAGCGAAAGCGAGAGAGAGAGGGAGAGAGGAGUCGUAUUAGUUCUCGAGUCUCCGAACCUUCUCUUCUCCCCCCACCACGAAAGCCAGGGAGCGAACGGCAAAGACGGCGAAGAAGAGAGGCAGGCGGCGGCCGAAGAAGAACCGAUCCCGUUCCCCCAACCCCCUUCCUGUUUCUCUUCAAACUCCGAUCCGGAAAAAAAAAUCGUUAGGAUUCUCGUAGGAGGAUCAGAGGUUCUCUUCGUCGUCGCGGGAUUUUCGAACUCUUGGUCUCCAAUUAGGGUAUCGAAGAGAUUCUAUCUUCAGAACAGAGGUCUGUUAGAGUUCUGACUUUUGCUUGGAGAAAUGUCAGGUAAGGAAGGUCUUGAAGGAGUGCUUGCUUAUGAUGAGAGAAAGGAAAGGAGAUCAGAUGUGGAGAAUUCAGAAGAUGAAAGAAGAAGAUUAUCAAUAGGGUCGCUAAAGAAAAAGGCAUGGCAUGCUUCAAGCAGAUUAACCCAUUCUCUUAAGAAACGGGGGAAAAGGAAAGUUGAUUACAGGGCUUCUUCGGUUUCCAUUGAGGAUAUAAGAGAUGCAGAAGAAGAGUGUGCAGUCUAUGCAUUCCGACAAGAACUUAUUUCUAGAAAUUUGUUGCCUGAUAGGCAUGAUGAUUACCACAUGCUGCUCAGAUUUUUGAAAGCUAGGAAGUUUGACUUUGACAAAACUAUUCAGAUGUGGGCUGAGAUGCUUCAGUGGAGAAAAGAAUUUGGAACAGAUACCAUAUUGGAGGAUUUUGAGUUUGAAGAGCUGGAGGAAGUCCUGCGCUGCUAUCCUCAGGGUUACCAUGGAGUUGACAAAGAGGGAAGACCUGUAUAUAUAGAAAGGAUAGGAAAAGUUGAGCCAAAUAAGCUUAUGUACAUCACCACAGUAGAUCGCUACAUAAAGUAUCAUGUACAGGAAUUUGAGAGAGCUUUUCAUGAAAAGUUUCCUGCAUGUUCAAUUGCAGCCAAGAGACACGUUGAUUCGACAACUACGAUAUUGGAUGUGCAUGGUGUGGGUCUGAAAAAUUUUAGCAAGACUGCAAGAGAACUCCUGCUAACAAUGCAGAAAAUAGAUGGUGAUUACUAUCCUGAGACUCUACAUCAAAUGUUCAUUGUUAAUGCUGGUUCCGGCUUUAAGCUGCUCUGGAACACAGUGAAGGGUUUUCUUGACCCCAAAACUACUGCAAAGAUACAUGUAUUGGGAUCAAAAUUUCAGCAUAGACUACUAGAAGCUAUCGAUGCAAGCCAACUGCCAGACUUCUUGGGUGGCUCUUGCACAUGCCUUGCUGAGGGGGGGUGUCUUAAGUCUAAUAACGGACCAUGGAAGGAUCCUAACAUUAUGAAGCUUGUGCGUAAUGCUCGAACGACUUCGUCAAGGCAUGCUAGACGAGUAUUGCAUGGAGAACUGCUAGGUGGCUACUUAACAAAGCCACCUCCUCUGAAGGGAAGAAGCAGCGAUAUAUCAACAGCUGAAUCUGGAUCGGAUUUUGAUGAUCUUGGCUCUCCUAUUGCAACUGGGUUGGCUGAAUAUAUUCAUUUGCCUCCGGUUUGUGAGGAAGUCAGGGCAAGAGAUUUGACAGCUUACUACAGUUGCGAUGACCAUUUUGUUGUGGUCGACAAAGCUGUGGAUUGUGGUAGAAGAGGACCAGUGUCUGAUAAAGCAUGUUUAGAGCUUAAAGAUCAAGGGAGGCUGUCCAAUGGUAGUGCAACAUCAAGUUCACCAGAUAAUUUGACCAGUGAGAGCUGCGUUACCACAAAGGAGGAUUCAGAGGAAGGAAUUUUCCAAUAUGUCGCAAGAAUAAUCAUAACGUUUCUUGUUGGACUUCUAUCCUGCUUUUGUAUUUUAGGUAGGAGAGAAGAGAGACGAUUGGGAAACAACCAUCCUUCGGAUAUACUGGAUCCCACUGCCAACAACCAUCCAGCUAUGGAAACUAUUGAAGAACAUCUCAGUCCUUGUUUAGAGCGCCUUCAGAGGCUUGAGAUAAUGUUCGAUGAGCUAAGCAGCAAGCCUUCAGAGAUUCCUUUAGACAAAGAGCAUGUGCUUCUGGAAUCUUGGGACAGAAUAAAGUCAGUUGAGUGUGACCUUGAGAGGACCAAAAAAGUUUUACAGGCCACAUUGAUGAAGCAACUGGAAAUUGCCGACUCAUUAGAAGCUGUGCAGGAGUCAAACCUUCGGAGGCGGAGAUUUUGUUGAACGUUGAAAGAAUGCCAGCAGCUGUUGUAAAUGGAUGGGAUUUUUGGAGUUGGAUGAUAGAUUUCCAAGUAGCUUCAAGUAUACACUGCUGUAAAUUGAUAGGAUAAAGUGUCAAAUGCUGUGUCUAAAGUUCAGAGUUGCAUAUCACUUGGCCAAGUGAAGGGUAGAGCAUGAUUUAGAAGGGGAAAAUGACAAAACGGGUUUUUAGUUGUAAACUCACAAUCCUCCCCCCAACUCUCGCACACACAUCCACCCCUCCUCUUCAUUCAUCCUUACGGAUGUACCAGUAACUGAGGCCAAGAGAGUUGAAGAUAUUAAACUUGGUAAGAAACAUUGUCAAAGAACAGCAGCACAGCAAGGCCCAGAAUAUGCAUCUGAUAGUUGAGGAACUGAUCACUGCUAAUAAGGCUUGCUCCAUGUUAGGGCAAAUAUUAUGGUAAGCAAUAUUCUAUUCCAUUAGUUUGUCAUAGUAAUUUAUCCAAAGUGGGAGGAUUUUCAAAUUGCAUUUUGAUUUUGGUAA